AAAAAAUGAGUAAAGUCAAAGAACUCGAGGACAAAGCAUUGGAAAAAAGGAAAGCUUUGAAUGAAGCCAUUCUAAGUGGUGAUUCUCAAGUGCAGAAGUUUUAUGAUGACGCCGUCGUGUUCGUCACGGGCGGGUCAGGCUUCAUUGGCAAGCAGCUGAUCGAGAAGUUGAUCCGAUCAACAAAUUUAAAAAAGAUCUAUAUGUUAGUGCGUCCAAAGAAAGGAAAAAGUGUUGAAGAUAGGAUUAAACACAUUUUAGAGAACCCGGUUUUUGAAGUUGUACGCGAAGAAAAACCUUCGUUUGAGGACAAAAUCGUGGGAAUUGAAGGCGAUAUUUGUGAAAUUAACCUUGGCAUAGAUGAGAAAUCUUGGGAUAGACUUGCUGAUGAGGUAACCGUGAUAAUGCAUGCUGCUGCAACGAUAAGUUUUGUCGAGCCCAUGAAAGUAGCAACGUUGACAAAUAUCCGUGGGACGCGAGAGGUACUGAAGCUUGGGAAAGCUUGUAGAAACAUUAAGUCGAUAGUUCACGUUUCCACAGCCUAUGCUAACGCUACGAAGAAUCGUAUUAAAGAGGAGGUGAUUGAGGACUUCUGCGACAGCCCAAUUAACCCUGACACUUUGAUCCAACUCGCAGAAAGUGUUCAAGAAGCUAAUUUAGACGAGAUGAUAGCUCCACUCAUGAAACAAUGGCCAAACAGCUACACAUUCACAAAAACUGUCACCGAAGAACUUGUAAGGAGUCAUACAGGACUUCUACCAAUUUGUAUCGUUCGACCUGCUGUUGUGAUAUCAGCGUUUGAUGAACCAUCGCCUGGGUGGAUUGACCAACAGAGUAUAAUGGGAACAAGUGGAUUUUUAGUUGGAAUAAGCUUGGGCGUCACGCAUACGAUGCUGGCAAGUAAAGAUACUAAAAUGGAUUUUGUACCCGUUGAUAUAGUUAAUAACGCAAUCAUUGUAUCUGCAUGGGAAACUAAUGAGAAUUUCAACAGGGGCGACAAAAAAAUCACAAUAUACACCGUUACGGGAACAAGGGAUCCCAUAAAAUGGGGAAAUGUUUACGACUUGGUAUACAGCGGCAGAACGGACUUGAUGCCAUCGCAAGCUCUUUGGUACGCCUUCGUUAUUGACACUGAAUACAUACCUAUCUAUGUAUUUUUGUCAUGGCUGUUGCACUAUAUACCGGCUCUUAUAUUUGACGGAUGCCGUAUGUUGGUGGGAAAGAAACCAAGAUUAUUCAAGAUAUACAAAUUAGCCGACACUCUAUCGUCAGUUUUUAGAUAUUUCACGAUCAAUUAUUGGAUCUUCCGUGACUCGAACACUGUUUCGCUAUACAAUAAAUUGUCAAAAACAGAUAAACUGUUAUACAAUUGUAAUAUGUCGUCUGUGGAUAUGAAAAAAAUGAUCUUCAUAUGGUGUUAUGGCAUCACAAAAUAUAUAAUUAAAGUGGAUUUCAGUAAAACCGAAUAUGCACUGAAGAAACAGUUCUGGUUAAGGAUAGUUCAUUAUAUAGUUUUUCCGCUGUAUGUUUACUCAUUGCUCAAAAUAGGACAUAUUUCAUUCGUUUUAAUAUAUAAACUCAUAGCUAUGUUUCUUCUAUAAUAAUUGUAUAUAAAUGGGGAAUUAUUGAAA